AUGAAAGCACCCCAUUUCUUCUUCCUCCUCCUCCUGCAACUCCUCCCGUAUUUCCCGGCCAUCGCCGCCGUCAAAUACGUGGCCUACAACGACGCGAAGAACACUCCGGGAGGGGCGAGGUUCGAGAAGGAGAUCGGAGUCCCGUACACGCUAAAGAUCAUGCGCGACAUCAACAACUUCGUGUGGGACACUUUUCAGCAGCACAGCGAAGCCGACCGGAAACAGGGCUACCAAGGGAACCUCAAGUCUCUCCUCUACCACGAGCUGACGCAUGUCUUCCAGUGGAACGGCGAGGGGCAGGCCGAAUACAUGAUACUCAAAGCCAACUAUUAUCCGCCGGGAUGGGGGAGAGGUGGGAUCAGGGCUAUGAUUUCACGGCUAGGUUUUUGGAGUACUGCGAGAGGUUGA